AUGGCACUAUUUAGAAACUCUGCAAACUCAAACAAACACCUUUAUCAUCUGUUUCACCUACAACACUCUCGGACAUUUGUUAAUGCUAGAGUUAAAUGGGUAAGAGAUACAUACCUUGAUCUUGCAGUUGAAAAAGAGAAAAACCUUCAACAAAUCAUCUCUCUCAAAAACCUAUUCCUCUCUCAACCCUCUAAAACCAUACCCCUUUCAUCUAUAUCUCUUCACAAAACACUUUUCAAACUCCCCACCACAGCCACAAAUUUCUUCCAUAAAUACCCUUCCAUUUUCCAAAUCUUCCAAUCCUCCAAACCAUUCCCCCUUCCUCAAGUCAAACUCACCUCACAAGCUGUAACCAUUCACAAUGAAGAAUCCAAGAUCUUGAACUCUUCUCAUUACAAGAAAGAUGUAGCUGAAAGAUUAGCAAAACUUUUAAUGCUCACACGAGCUAAAAAGCUUCCUUUAGAUAUUAUCGAUUUGUUAAGAUUCGAUCUUGGGUUACCUCAUGAUUUUAUCCUGACUUUACUUCCUGAAUUCCCUGAAUACUUUCAGAUUUGUAACAUGGGUGAUAAAAACUCAAAGGGUUGUGAAAUGUUUGGUGUAGAAUUGGUUUCUUGGAGAGAUAAUCUUGCAAUGUCAGUGUUGGAGAAGAAAGUAGUGGAGGAAAACGGUGGGAUAAUUCCCAGAAUGCCCAUUAAGUUUUCGAUAAAUUUACCAAAAGGGUAUGAUUUGGAAAAGAAAGUAAGGAUAUGGAUGCAUGAAUGGCAGAAUUUGCCUUACAUAUCACCAUAUGAAGAUGCAUUCUUUUUGUCACCCAACAGUGAUCAAGCAGAGAAGUGGACAGUGGCUGUGUUACAUGAGUUGAUGAAUCUUUUUAUAUCAAAGAAAACAGAGAAAGAAAAUUUAUUGAUUUUAGGUGAUUAUUUGGGAUUUGGGAUAAGGUUUAAAAAGGCAUUAGUGCAUCAUCCAGGGAUCUUUUAUGUUUCAAAUAAGAUCAGAACACAAACUGUGGUAUUAAGGGAAGCUUAUAAGAAGGAUCUUUUGGUUGAGAGGCAUUUGUUGAUGGGCAUGAGAUAUCGAUACCUUCAUCUUAUGAAUCAAGUGAUGAAAUCAGAUAGAAGAUAUAGACUUCGAAUUAACAGGGGAAACUACAAAAUGCAGUGA